CACCACACAAAAACCAUGUUCAACACGCCUGCCCGGCCAAGACGAGGCCUGCGCGGCCGUGAGUCGGUCGCGCGUGGGUCGCUCUUCUCCGCCGAGUCGACGCCGGCGCCGUCGGUCCGCCCGUCCCGCCAGCGCGAGAGCCAGCUCUCGCCGACCCGCUCAGAGGCCGAGAGCGCGCGCACGCCGCGCGCCGACCGCGAGCGCGGCGGCGGCGACGAGUACGAGGCGCAGCGCAUCUUCUGGUCCAAGGACGAGCGGCACGCCGUCAUCGCUGCUGGCGCGCUCCCGACCGAGGUCGCGCAGGGCGUCGCCCAGGCAGACUUUAUGGUCUCGACUGUCAACGCCAGCGUCGACCCCGCGUCCGGCUUUGCGCUCGUCGCGGCACCCAGCUCGGCCGUCGCAUGGAACUACGCCAAGCGCACCCACUCGUCCCCGACCGUCUACGCCUUCCCCGCCCCGCCGUUAGCCUACACGACCGGACUCGAGGCCGAGCCCCCCGUCCUCGCGGCCUUCUACUCUGCGCCCUCGGAGCCCGGCCUCGUCCUCGUCUCCGCUACGGGCGAGGUGCGCUUCUGGGAGAGCAUGAGCCUCGCGCUCGCCAACGCCCAGCGCUUCCAGAGCGUCCAGCUCCAGCUCGGCGGCGACGGCGUGUACGCCGACAAGCUGUGGAAGCUUGAUGCGAGCACUUUCGUCGUCACGACGACAGUGUCCACGGCGUGGCUCAUCCGCAUCGCGCCCGUUGGAGGGCUGCUCGUCCCCACAACAACCCAGUUCACGCGCAGCAGUGGCCUGUUUGGCCGCUCCUCGCCCGCCAUCUUCAACGACAGCACCGAGCGAAAGGGCAUCGCCGCCGUGACCAAGUCCGCGGCCGGCGUGCACUUCCUUGCUCAAAGCACGUUACAGCAGUGGACCGUCGGACCGGACGGUAGCGUGCGCCUCGUGCACGAGUUUGACCUCCGCGAGUCGAUCGGCCAGUCGCUCUUCGAUGACGAGAGGACCUGGAGCUCGGGCAACGUCCACCUCGAGCUCCGCGAUCUCGUAUCGGUCGGCUCGGGCCAGCUCGCCGCGCUCGUGUCCUACUCUCAGCCCCAGUCCGGCUCGUCAGAGUACAACAGCCGCCUGCACAACUCGCACGCCGUGGUGCUCUUCGAGAACAAUGUCCGUUCCAACACCGUCACGCUCAACAACAUCGUCUACCUCUCCUACGUCGCCCACGACGACCCCCGCACGCUCGACGCCCCGAAGCUGUACAUCCCUACAGGCAGCCAGACGGCGUUCGUCCGCUUCGCCGAGGCCAUUGUCAUGGCUUCGCUGUCCAGCAAUGCCUACGAGGACAGCGUCAAGCUCAAGACGAACAAUGCCUUCAUUGGCGUUGGUCCUGGAGCUACUCGCAGUGGCAUCUCGUCUAUUGUCGCCAUGGCGGCCGUCGGCGGUCUUAUGACCAUCGAGGUGGCGGAGGGAGUUGUCUCCAACCGCAACCUGUCGUCCUCGGCUUCAGCUACGGCCGCCAUCCGCUCACGCAUGGAGCAGGCCGUGUUCUUUGGUGACCGCGGCGACAACCCGCUGACCUUUGACCUGCCUCCAGGUUACCGGGGAGAUGUCGCCGAGGCUGCCGAGACCGUGUCGAUCGAGAUUGUCUCGUCGUCCUCGCCCAACCUGCCUGCCAUCUACGAGAUCCGCGCCCUCUUGACCGACCGCUACGGCCGUCUCCAGGAGCUCAUGGACUUUGUCCACCGCAACCACGCACUCAGCCUGCUCCCUGAGAGCACUCGCCGCCGGUUGUGCGCUCACGCCGAGAAGGUCGGGGCCGCCAUCGAUCUCUGGGACUACCAGAACAGGGUGAUGGACCAGGUCUACAGUCACUCCCCGCUGAGCUUACUUGCCGACUCGAUCACCAUCCUGAUGGAGCAGCUGGGCGCCGGAGCCCAGGACGACCUUGUCCGCCUCUUCUUCCGCAAGCACGUUUUGCAGCUUGACCGCCUCUUGGAUACCGUCUUCCAGUCGUUCAAGGCUGUCUCGGUGACCGGUGUCGACCUCUCUCAAUGGGUCCUCGAGGCCAACCGCAUCUUCUUAACCGUCCUUCACGGGUGUACCGUGGUCCGCGAGAACGGUGUCAACGUCUACCAGGUGGACCGCCAGCACCCCGCCGUCGCACUUUGGACCGCGAGCGACACGCUCAUCAAUGACGUCGAGGCCCUGUACAUUGCGACCGAGAAGCUCAUCAAGACGCGGACACGCACCCUCGGGUCGGUCGUCGACGAGGCGCCCCCAACGACUGGCGCAGCGGCCAACACAGAGCAGGCGGCUCAGCAAAGGGAUCAGGACGUGCUCAAGCAGCAGAUGACGAGCCUCGCCGCUGCCUUGUGCGACAACAUGGAGGACAAGCUGCGGACGAGCGCGACUGAGAUGAACGGAGGCGCAGACCCGACCAGCGGCCUGACUCUUGGCCAGCGCUGGGCCGAGCUCAAGCCCCGUAUCAUCCGUCCUCUCGUUGGCAUUGACCGUGUCGGCGCCGCAUACGAGCUCGCCGAGCACCACCGCGAUUUCCCCACACUCGUCUACCUGUGUCAGAACCCCGCUUCGUCCGCUGGACCUGCGCGCAUCGAGCAGUACAUCGAGAGGUUUGGCAAGGACUUUGCGUUUGUCCUUUACCAGUGGUACAUCGACAAUGGCCAAGUGUACACUCUCCUGAGCCAGGACGAGGUGUACGGCUCGUUACUCUCAGCCUUCUUCCAGCAGUUCCCUCACCCCGAGCUUUCGUGGAUCCACGACAUUGCCAGCAAGCGUUAUGGUGAUGCUGCCACAGCGCUCUUCGAGGUUGACCGUGGAACCAUCGACUUGGACCAGAAGCACAUUCUCAGCAGCAUCGCGAAGCUGUCUGCCGUUGCCGAGAUCAAGUCGAAGGGCGACAACGAAGCGCGCAGCCGCCUGUUGGAGUCUAUCGACGACGAGCUCGACGUCAUCAACGUCGAGAACGCCCUGCAGGACGCCAUUGUGAGCGUUGCGCCUACCACUGGCUACCCCAAGCAGCCAAGUGCCGAGGGCUACGUCGCCGAGAACGCCAAGGUUCUCGUUGGCCGACCAGCCUACACACGGCUGCUCAUCCAGCUCAUCAACCGCCUGCUGGCUGGCGACGCGCUCGACGUCGAGGGCCUCGUGGACGUCCUCACGCUCAAGGACAACAUUGGCGGCCGCGAGCGUGAUUCUGCCAUCGCUCUCGAGCGUCUUGUUGCGGACAAUGCUCUCCCCGAGGCACGCAAGCAGGUUGCGCUGAUUUCGGUGUGGCGUCGCGUGUUCAUCCGUGAUGACUGGGCACAGAUUGCGCAGACCGCGGGCCGCAGCGAGGAAGCCCAGCGCCAGCUUCAGCGCCAGACUCUCACUUACCAGACGCUGCUGGCCAUUCGCGAGGGGCGGGCAGAAAUCCCCCCAACCUUCAUCCUCUCGCCCAAGACUGCCGCUCAGGCUCCGCAGCUGGCAGAGAUCGCCGCACGGUUUCCCGAACUCGCCGCUGGCGCGGUCGAGGAGCUGCUCGCCGAUGCCGAGGACGAGAUCCAGACGCUGGACAACUUGAUUGCCAAUGUCGGGCUGGACGAGCGCGUUCGUGCCGUGUCCGAGCUGGUGGCGUCCGACCUGGCGAGCGACGACGUGGACAUGUAGAGAGCUAGCAGAGAGAGCGACGACACGAGCGGCAUAUAUGCAUAAUGUAG